GCCGCAAGCGCUAAAAGAGUUGCAUCAGUUCUUUUUUUGCAAUACACAAAUAAAUGAUAUUUAAAUGAAAAAUCAAAUAAACAAACAUUUUCUGCAAAGUGCAUAAAUCUAGCUGUUUCGCUGAAAAACAACCAAACGUUUAAAAAGGAAAUAAAAUUACAAACAAGCAGCCCGAAACUAACUGUGUGCUUAUUGCAACAGCAACCACUCUGCCCACGCAUCAGCAACAGCUACAAGAACAAGAACAACAACAACAACCAGCCAAGAACAAGCCAAGCAGCAGACAUCGCGCAACGCAGUCGACUUGAAAACAACAGCAACAUCAACAUUAAAACGAAAACUGUGCUCCUCUCUGUGUCUUUGUUAUUGUGUGUGUGUGCGUGUGUGUGUGUUCGACUGCGUGGUGCGCGCGUGUGUGUGUGUGUGUGUGCGUGAGUGUGAGUGUGUAGGCGGCUGUGUAUUGACGCGGCGGCUAUGUCAGCGAGUGACAACAUAAGUACGCUCAUAAAAGCUGCUGACUAUAUUGAGCGGCAUGCGAAAAAACUAUCGGCGCUAGAGAAUAGCGUUGGCGUCGGCAUCGACAUCGCAAGCAUUGGAGGACUUAGCGGUAGCGUUGCAGCGCAACAACAAUUGCAUUUCAUCAAUGGCAACAACAAUAAUAACAGCGGCAGCGGCAGCAGCAGCUACAAUAAGAGCGGCAUUGCCAACAACAACAACAGCACGAGCCAGCAUAACAGAAAUAAUACCGCAACAGCAGUAGCAAUAACAACACCCGCCACCAUCGUCGUAAAUGGUCAUAACGGCUUAACUAACGGCAUUGCAGCAGCAACAACGGUUGCAACGUCAGCGUAUACCAACGGCAUCGUUAACAUUAACGGUGGCGGUGUCGGCGGCGUCAACGUCAACGUCGGUGUACUAAGCAAUGGUCAUAGCAGUCCACAUAAUGGCAGUCAAUUAGUUGUUGCUCAUGAUUAUGAAUUCGGCAGUAGCAGCAGCAAUAACAACUACAACAACAACAACAGCAAUGGCCAAUUGGUUGGCAUUGUGGAGGCGUCGCGGAGCAGCGAAGGCCGCAGUAUCUCUGAGGAUGAAAAUUCCUCCUCCAACUCCUCUACCCUACUACAACAACGACAACAGCAGCUACUUAUGUCACCAAUAACAACAGUAGCACCAUGCAGAGCAACAUUUACAACAACUAAACCACCAGCAACAACCACAACAACAACAACAUCAGCAAAAAUGUUCCGUUUCGACGGCUCCCUCACCAAUAGCAGCCCCACCCUGACCCUAACCCCAAACCCAAACCCAACCCCCAUCCCAACCCAAGCAUCCAGCACCAAUACAACCAAUACGAACACCUCCCCCUCAGCCUUUGUGCUGCUACCAUCGUCUCCGUCAUCAUCGUUGUUGUCGUCGUCGCCGCCAACGUCUUCAUCCCUGAAGCACAAGCAGCGCUUGAACAGCGGCGGCGACUCAGCGGGCACCCACUUGCCGCACAAAUACAUUCUUGUGGCCGAUGCCAAGCCGCAGCCCUCUCAGCUGAACCGAAAUGGUAUAAUUUCGUUGUCCUCCCAAUCGCUGACCGCCUCCAUGGCCAAUUUGGCGACAGCGACGGGACGACACAAUCCGCAAUCGUGCAAGACCUUUAUGACUCUGACACCGCCGCCGGGGCCGACCAGACAAUUAGAACAGCGCUCACGCAUUCGAUCCUUUUCAAUGUCCUCCCAUAAAUUUCCAGCCCAACAGGCGAACAACAGCAUGAUUAUCGAUGACGCCCAAAUGAGUUUUGUGGGCUCGGCAGCGGUCGCAGGUCGCGUCCCCGGACACUCACCGACAUCGCGCAAUGGAAGUCAUUACAUGUCCUUGGUGGGGGCAGCGGCGAGCACCUCGGCCCAAGGUGCAGGAUCUCAGCUGGCCACAGGAACGAUGCAUGUGGCAGGUGGACAUGGCGGACGCAGGCGUACCAUCAGUUCCAACAGCAAUGGCGCGGGCACGCGUGAGGUGCACAACAAGCUGGAGAAGAAUCGACGUGCCCAGCUGAAGGGGUGCUACGAGCUGCUAAAGAAAGAGCUGCCAAUCAAGGAUGAGGAUCGCAAGAAGAUCUCUAAUUUGACAAUACUCGCUGAUGCCUAUAGGUGUGUUAUGGAUUUAAAGAAAGACAGUCGCGAAAAAGAGGCCGAAUUGGAGCGUUUGGCCAAGGAGAAAAUGCAAAAGCAGAAGCGUUUGAAUAGCUUGAAGCGUGACACUGAACAGAGCAUUCCACCAAAUUGUAAAGAUGUUAAUGAAGCUGUUUGCUUGGCAACAACAUCAUCAGUUGCUGCUGCCGCUAUUCCCGCCGCCGCUGCAGCAGCUGGGCGGGGCGCCAUUUUGUUUGAUGGCACCACAUCGCCCGUUUCCGUUUGCGCUGCUGGUCUGCAAACCGCUGUGCCCACGGCCAUGUCACCUGUGAUAAACAAAACUAAUUCUAGCAACAAACAAAGUAACAACAACAACAACAACAGCAACACCUCCGCCGUCGCAGUCGCCGUCAACAAUCUGAGCGGCAGCUAUACACAUACCCACAACAACAACAACAGCAACAACAUCCACAUCACCGCCACCAACAACAACAGCAGCAACAAAAGCAACAACUCGCUUUUGAAUCCCGCCGCAGCGGCCGUCGUCGCAAUGGGCCAAUUGAAGAACAGCUUCAUAGGAACGGCAAUCGUCACAUCACCACCAAAUCCGUCAUCGUCGGCAUCAGCAUCCCACCUUAACCACAGCCCGGCGGGCAGUCCCACCAAUAACAGCAACAACAUUACCAACAACCACAACAACAACAUUUCGGCUAGCAUAUCAUGCCAGUCAACAGCGGCCCAAAUGAUUACCAAUGUCAACACCUUGACGCGUGGCUCGCCAACACCAUCGACGCCAUCUCCAUCGCCGUCAUCGUCGUCCAGCGGUGUCUCCUCGUCGGCCUCGUUCAUAUCAUCCUCAUCGUCGUCUUCGUCGUCCUCAUCAUCGUCCUCUUCAUCUUCAGCCUCGUCGUCGCCACCCAUGCAAACGCAUUUGAUUGGAGGUGCACGUAAUGUUAACGUUAUGGCAAAUGGCCUAAAAUAUCAUGCUACGACAGCCUCAGGGAUUGUUGGUAAUACCAACGGAGGCACCACAAUUGUGGCAGCAACAGCGCAGGGCGCUGCGGCAGCAAAUGGGUUUCGUCAGACGGACAAGGAUCGCAACUAUAAUUUUUUGAUACGCAGCAGCACAACGGCACAGUAAAUGGGAAUAAGAACAACAACUACAACAACAACAACCGAACUGUGUGCAACAGCUCCCACCUUAAUUGAAA